AUGAGCUCACAAAUAAAAAAUGCUGUCCAAGGUUGUCCGGUGUGUGCCAAGUUCGCGUCGUCACAGCCUAAUCCACCGAUGCUGAGCCACAGCAUUCCAAUUUAUCCAUUUCAGCUAAUAUCGAUGGAUGUUUUCUUUUUGGAAUAUCGUAAUACCAAAUGCAAAUGGUUGGUCACCGUAGACCAUUAUUCGGAUUUUUUCGAAUUGGAUAUUCUUCCGAAUUUAACACCAGAAUCAGUGAUAGCUGCUUGCAAAGAAAAUUUUGCUCGUCAUGGGACACCACAAAGGGUGAUAACAGACAACGGAACACAUUUCGUUAGCCGCAAAAUGGUCGAAUUUGCAACAAACUGGGAUUUCGAACACGUUACCUCCUCUCCUCAUCAUCAACAAGCCAACGGAAAAUCGGAAGCAGCAGUCAAGAUUGCAAAGCGAUUGAUCAGGAAGGCUGAUGAAACGGGCGCCGAUUAUUGGUUUGCUCUUCUUCACUGGCGCAAUAUUCCAAACAAAAUUGGAUCCAGUCCAGCAGCUCGAUUGUUUCGACUGCAGCUGCCAAUUUAA